UUUGCCAGUAUGAUUUUUAAAAUAUAUUUUUACUCUUUAGCUAUUGCUAGCAAUAUGACUCAAUUCAGAGAGAGGAUUGCAACCUGUUGCUAAAUUUUUAAUUUAUAUGGGGAAAAUAUGUGUGUAUACUCUUAGGUAUGUUAAUAGCUAUCCAUGACUAGACAGAUAGCAUAUAGUUAAAUUCAUUUGUAGAACUAUCAUCUAAUAAAUUUGAGUUGAUGAUAGGCAGUUAGCAAUAGCUCAAAUGUUUAAAUAAGGUGUUUAAAUUAAAAAUUAAUUCCUUAUUGAACUUUGAGAAGAGCAAAUAUGACAACUUUUGAAAUAGUAAAUAAGUAUAUUAAUUUCAAAAUUGCAGGUCUUUUUAUAUUUGUUACAUGGUAAAUUUUGAUUUUUCUAAUUUAGAAUAAGAUUAAAAUAAUCUGAAUGAUCAAUUGACUACUGUAAAGCAUAAGUAUAUCAUUAUUUACACACAUUAAUUUUUAAUUGUCAUAAGCCAUUAUACAUUGUAUGCAUUAUAUAUUAAUCAUGAUAAGCCCAAGUUUGUAUUCUUAGGUUUAACUUUUUUAACAAGCCAGGGCUAAAGGAACAAUAUAGUACUUGAUGGAGAAACAAAGAUAGCAGAGUGUACUAGGGUCCCAAAUAAUUUGAUCACAUACCCCAAUCAGCACUUCUCCAAAUAUAUUUGCUUAUUUACUUAUAAAUUGUAUGUGUGUUGUUAUUGUCAAUCUUAAUGAUGAAAUAUACUUCAAGAUUUUUCAAGAGGAGAUGUAAAACUGUUUUCAGAUUAGCCUUCUCAUAGUUAUGAGGUUUUUCGAUUAACUUGUCUGAUCAGAUUGGUUUUGUUGUUAUAGAGCUAACAAAGGUUUCACGAGAAGGAGGAGAAGUAUUAGUUUUGCCUUUUUUGUUUUGUGCUUGUAUUAAUGCUUUGUUUAAUCCAUGGUUUUUUUGUAGGAAUCUUCAACUUAUUAAUUGUGUGAGUAAAAACUAAGUCACAUCCAAAAUUCCAUUGAACUAGGCACACAAAAACUUCCAUAUAUGUCACAGUUUACUGAAAAAGAGCCAGCAGCAAUGGAUCAAGAAUCCAACAAGGCUGCCUGGCCCAAACCAGCAGGAGGAUAUCAGACAAUCACAGGCAGAAGAUAUGGAAGAAGACAUGCGUAUGUCAGUUUUAAACCUUGUAUGACAAGGCAUGAAAGAAGUUUAGGUCGAGCUGGUGAUGACUAUGAAGUGUUGGAACUAGAUGAUGCUCCAAAGGAAAAUUCCCUAGGUUCCAGUGCAUUGGAUCAAGUACAGUCGUCUUUACCCAACAAUCCUUUAUUUGGAAAAAGUGAAGCAGAAAUUCCCAUUUGUGACACAGCACUGAAUCAGACCAUUGAGAGCAGUCCAUCCUUUGCUACAGUACUUCAUAGUGGGGAAGGCAGGGAGACCUUAGGAAGCAGUACAAAUCUUCAUAAUCACUCUGAGGGAGAAUAUACUUCGGGAGCUUGUAAUGCCUCAAGUGUCCAAAAUGGAAUUGCAUUGAUUCAUACUGACUCUUAUGAUCCAGAUGGCAGACAUAGAGAGGAGGAUAAUGACCAUCUUCAGCUUUCUGCGGAAGUUGUGGAAAGUGGUAGAUAUCAGGAAGCAUUGGGCAAUACAAUAUUUGAAUUGGAAAAUGGAGAGGUAGAGGCAUAUACUGGUCUUUCACCGCCAGUUCCCUCUUUUAACUGUGAAAUACGAGAUGAGUUUGAAGAGUUUGAUUCAGCGCCUUUAGUGAAAAGUUCUACUGGUGAUACUGAGUUUGUCAGUCAGACCAAUCAGGAAUUUCAGAGGUCCUCUUCUAAAGAGGAAGUUAUUAGAAAGAAAGAACAAAAUAAUACUAGCCAGGAGAGACAGAGAGAAAAUUCACCUGAAGAUUCAGCCUGUGCUCUGGGGCAUAUUUGCAGUGAACAAAAUACCAGGGAUAGGGACAACAGGCAGGGAAGUUCUCCUGAACAGGUAGUGAGGCCCAAAGUUAGAAAACUGAUAAGUUCAAGCCAGGUGAACCAAGAAUCAGGUCUUAGUAGGCAUGAGGCUAAACAAAGAAGUGUUCAGAGGUGGAGGGAGGCUUUAGAAGUUGAGGAAAAUGGCUCAGAUGACCUCUUGAUAAAAUGUGAUGACUACGAUGGAGGACAUGACUGUAUGUUCUUGGAUCUACCUUUCGCAAGAGUUACACAGAGUGAAACAGAAAAUAACCAAAUAACAUCAGAAAGUGGAGCCAUAGCAAGAAGGCAAGAAGUUGUGAAUAACACCUUCUGGAAUGGCUGUGGCGAUUAUUACCAACUGUAUGACAAAGAUGAAGAUAGUUCAGAAUGCAGUGAUGGAGAAUGGUCUGCUUCUUUGCCUCAUCGAUUUUCUGGUACAGAAAAAGAUCAGUCCUCAAGUGAUGAAAGCUGGGAGACUCUACCAGGAAAGGAUGAAAAUGAACCUGAACUACACAGUGAUAGUAGUGGUCCUGAAGAAAACCAUUUAUCUCUUCAGGAAGGGGAACAGACGUCCUUGGAAGAGGGAGAAAUUCCUUGGUUACAGUACAAUGAAGUGAAUGAAAGCAGCAGUGAUGAAGGAAAUGAGCCGGCCAAUGAAUUUGCACAGCCAGAAGCUUUCAUGUUGGAUGGCAACAAUAACCUUGAGGAUGACUCCAGUGUAAGUGAAGACUUAGAUGUAGACUGGAGUCUGUUUGAUGGCUUUGCGGAUGGACUAGGAGUUGCUGAAGCUAUUUCUUAUGUGGAUCCUCAGUUCCUCACCUACAUGGCACUAGAAGAACGCUUAGCCCAGGCUAUGGAGACUGCCCUGGCACAUUUAGAGUCUCUUGCAGUAGAUGUGGAGGUGGCCAAUCCACCAGCCAGUAAGGAAAGCAUUGAUGGUCUUCCAGAGACACUUGUUCUUGAGGAUCACACUGCUAUUGGUCAGGAGCAGUGCUGUCCAAUCUGUUGCAGUGAGUAUAUUAAGGAUGAUAUAGCGACAGAGUUACCCUGCCACCAUUUCUUUCACAAACCUUGUGUCUCAAUUUGGCUGCAGAAGUCAGGAACAUGCCCUGUGUGCCGCCGUCAUUUCCCACCUGCAGUUAUUGAAGCAUCUGCAGCUGCUUCCUCUGAGCCUGGACACGAUGCCCCACCUUCAAAUGGCAGUACUGCAGAAGCUCCUUAAACCUUAACACUUGAAUGAGAUCAUUCUAUAAAGUAAAUCUGCAAAUUCCUUCUAAACCUGAUGUGCAAAUAAUUAUAUAUAAAUAUAUUAAAAUGAUAUAUAUAGUCUAUGCCAUAGUUUAGAAAGAAUAUUGACCUUUCUAAACUAAAUUUAGGUUUGCAGAAAGUACUAACAUUUUCAAGCUGAAUGUUGAAGCAGUACAUCCAUUUUUUUUAGUUGAAGAUGUUGAUAUUAAUUGUGAAAGUCAAGCUUGUCACUUAAUUCUCUCCAGAAGAAAUGAUCGUCUAUGUGGCACGCGCUACUGGUUUUGUCUGAAGUACUGCCACUAAGUGAUUAUGAUUAGCUCUCCUUUUUGCAUCAAAUGUGAAGACUAUAAUCACAACAGUAGUAAAAUUUGGUUCCAUUGGAAAUAAAAAGAAUUCUAAAGCAUGCUCUUUCAUUGGUCCCUUUGCUUUUACUACAUCACAACCUCUUGAUUUAUAGUAGUGUUUUUUUUAGGAAGGUGUCCAGUCUUCCAUCUUGGUUUAAAAUUAGGACUUUUUAAGAAUGUCAAACAAAGGCUAAAAUUCUAGCUAGAGCAUCAUAGAAUUUCAAAAUCUUCAAUGUACCCCCUAGAAAUGGUUAGGUAGUGAAAUAGAUUAUUUUUUUUUUUAAUGUUGGAUGUGCUUAAAGUAAGGUUAGUAAAGCAGCAUAUGAACAAUCUAGUGUGCUCAGCACUUGGUACAAUGAGAUGAAUUAGAUGGCCUUAUAGAAACCUUUCUACUUGGUUAAAAUUGUACUUGAAAGUCCAGAACACUCAUGGCACAUUUGUUUAAUAACUGUUAGGUAUAGUUAGUUUAAGGUAAUUUUGGUUCUGAAAUAUUUUGGAAAGUCUGAAAACAUGCAUAAAGUGUUUUUAACACUCAUUCUGUUGUAUCCUAAAGGAAAAUCUGAAUCCUUAAAAUACUGUGUUAACUCUUCUGACU